CACACUGGUACCACACCACAGGUGACCUCUGACCCCGUGCGAGGAUGGAUGGAGCUGAACCAGGGAUGGAUGAAGGCAGGAGAAGGUCUCCACUCGAUGAACCCGAGGAACCAGGAGGCGGAGCCGAGCAGCACAGUGGGAGUGUACCAGAGCCUCCAGCAUCAUCUCUCCACACCACGCCGGGGUCCAACCCCAGGGCGGCACUGGCAGGCGGCGAGGGAGAGGGGAGAGCGCCACCCGGCCGAGAUGGUGAAGAUGAUGAAGAUGACGAAGAUGAGCUGAUCGUCUUGGAUGCUGAGCACCCUCUGAUGAGGAGAUUUCAGUCGGCUCUAAAGCAGCACCUGACCAGAGAGCUGGAGAACCUGGAACUGAAGCUGCGUGAGAAGGUGACGGAGGAACGGGUGGAGAACUCCAGGCGUGAGGAGCUCGGCGUCAGGCUCUACGGUGUCCAGCAGGACCUCGCCAGAGCGCAGGCCAGUCUGGAGUCUCAACAUGCGAGCAGAGCUGAAGCCAUCAUCCAGAGGAGACAAGUGAAGGAACAGCUGGAGAACAUCAGGAACCAGUACAACAGCGCAGUGGAACAGGCAGGCAAACAGCGCGCACAGGUGUCACAGCUGCAGUCGGAGGCAGAUGUUCUCGCACGGCGUCUGCGUUACAUGGAGGAACUGGCCUCCGACCGGCGCUCAGACGUCUCCGCUAUGAAGAACGCCAAGACCAAGGCGCAGGCGGAGAAACGACAAGCGGCUCAGCAGAAAUACCAACAGGACCUGUAUGUGGAGCGUCUGACGAAGCAGGUGGAGAAGCUGACGGAGCAGAUCUCUCUGUACGAGGUGCAGACGCGCACGCAGACGAGCCACAAACACGCCGCCCAAGACGCCUUAGCCGAGGCUCAGCUGGAGUUAGACUCCAUGAUAGUGGAGAGGAAGCAGCUGCUUCAACAGUGGAACAGCAUCGUGAUGGGGAUGAGGAAGAGAGACGAGGCGUACACUACACUCCAGGAGGCGCUGAGAUCGGCCUAUGACCAGGUGCGUGCUCUGGACACGGAGGUGGAGGGAUGCAGGCGCUCCAUCACACGGGAGCAGGAGCGGAACGAGGCGCUGACGCUGCUGGUGAACCGAGCCGAGCGCGACGGCGCCACCUACAGAAAGCUCCUGGCACAGAUAAAUGCACAGCAGGAGGCGCUGCAGAGUGCCUACACCACACACACACGCACGCUUCAGGAGACUGAAAAGAGUUUGAACAGAGUGACCUCGGAUUGCAACGUGCAUCAGUCAGAGCUCAGUGUCCUGAGGAAGCAGAUUGAGAAGGAGUCGAGUGUGCGAUUAGAGCUGGAGGAGAAGAUCAUGAAGAAGAUGCAGGAGCAGCUCAUACACAACAACGCUGCCAAACACACACACUAUCUCAGCACCAAGAUCACAGCUCAGCUCAGAGAGAAGGACGUCCGGCUUUCGAAGGUGGAGAACGAGGUGGCUGCACUGGCGCUGGAGGUCAGUGAGGUGGCGCUGCGUUUCGAGGCUCUCUCUCGCCUGCAGACGGAGCUGCAACAGGAAGUGACGAAGCGGAACCAGCUGGUCUCGGCCAAUGAGGCGGCGGUGGAUAAACUCCUCCUCACCGUCGAGCAGAAACAGAGCGCCAUCCACAUGUGUAAUAAGAAGAUCGAGCAGAUCAGAGCGAACACGGGGCAUGAAGACCUGGGUCCUCUGGAGCUCGAGGUGAGGUCUCUGAAUAAACAGCUGGAGGAGCUCGGAUUCGAGAUGAAGGAGCAGCAGCAUUUCUGGCUCUGGCAGCAGGGGGAGCUAGUGAGACUGAAUCAAGAGAAACAAGCACAGAGCGACGCAACACUAACGCUUAACACACAGUUCACCAUCCUGGAGCAGAGGAACCUCCGCAAAAAGAGGGAGAUGGAGCAGGAGGAGCGUGCUCUGGUCGAGAUGGAGAGACACACCAAAGUUUUGAGGUUGGACAUGCAGAAGCUGAACUCACUCCUGAACCAAAAUAAACAUCUGGGACAGGAACUGGAGCAGAACAAUAUCCUGAUGGAGAACAGCUUCAUACACACACUCAAGGAUGCAGAGAGAGAGUCUGUAGAGAUGCAGCUGCGCCUUGAGAAGCUUCAGGAGGAAAAAGAGCGAUUAAUGAACAGCCUGGUAGAAGCAGAGCGACAGAUUAUGCUGUGGGAGAGAAAAGUUCAGUUGGCCCUUGAGACUCGCUCAGCUGUGGAUUCUGAAGUUGGAAAGGGGGAGAUAGACACCAUGAAAACUGAGGUCCAUCGCAUGGAGAGGCAUUACAGCCAGCUGAUGAAGCAGCAGGAGAGGAUGCUGAGGGAGAUGGAAGCGGCGGUCGCGCGGCGUGAAAACAUCAUGACACGCGGCGAGGCUCAGACACGCAGCAGCCGCAAGCAGGUCACACACACCGAGCUCCGGAGCACACUGCAGCACCUGCGCCGCAACAUCCUCCAGACGCAAAAGCGAGCAGAGGAAUGUAAUGGUGUGAUAAACCAGCUGCAGCAGGACCAAAGUUCUCUCACUGAGAGUCUGAGAGAGAAGCAGCUGCAGAUCAAUGACCUCCAAAAGAUUAGCUCCGCCCACAAUGAUGACCUCAGCAACAUGCAAGAGACCAGAGAAAAAAACCUGCUUCAGCUGUUGGCUCUGCAGGCUCGGGUGAAGCAGCUGCAGGCAGUAAAGGAGGAUCGUUACAAAGCCACGGCGAGCGAAGAAGACGCGCUGAGCCUCAUCACACAGACACAGCAAGAACAGCUGCGCUUGGUCAGUGAGGUUCUACAGCGGGUUCUCCAGGACGUCCCGCAGCACAAAUCUCUGCUCUCGCGGAUCAGCCUCCUCCUCUCUGCACACACACAUUCCAGUCCAGAGACAAAGUGAUGCUCGGCUCUAGAGCUUGUUACACUCAUGGGUUCUGUGUGUGAGUACAGCAGCAGGAGGGCGUGUCCUGGUUCUCACCGAGCUUUAAUGAAAGUGAACUUCUUUCCUGAAGUAGGCUUGUUCAUGUCUCACCACCGUGUAACACAGACAGAACCCACACCACCCCGGGGAGUUCUCCAUGCACCAGCUGACGUCUAGCCUUCAAAGAUCUCACGCGGAACCCGUAUUACUCCAGAAACUCCAAAAACAGUAGUGUCUAUGUUCUCACAAAGACACGCUGGAUCGAAGUUCUAGAAGUUCUAGAAGAGAAACAAAGCAACUGUGUGUUGUAAUAUCAUCAUGUCUUUCAUUUAAUUAUGUAUUCUACAGCUCAGUGCAAUAAUUAGUGCCCCCUCCAGGACUCCAAAAUUAAGACGUUUGUGUUGAAUGAAAUUUUUUUUUUGGAGGGGGGAGAUUAAUUGUAAAACAGAGGAAUCAUAACUUUUGCAUGAUCUGUAUUAUUACAUUACUGUUUUGAUUAUUGAUACAAUCCUUAUUUCUAUUUACACUUUGCACCACCCAAGUGUCUUAUACUUUUAUUUCUUGUUUUUCCCAAUGAAAAUAUUUUUACUAUUAAACUAAAUCAUGCUUCUUGGUUCUUCACAUCCGCUUUCUUUUAGAAAAUCUGCAGCAGUUAAAUCCAAAAAUAGAGU